UGCGCUGGCUCCUGUUGCCACAGCAACCACGGAGGAGAAAUCUGUGCAGCUUCUGAUGCUGUAUCAUUACCGCAAUGAGGGGGAUGUAGCAGUUGUGGUCGGACAGAUGGGACUUCAAGAUUGACUGUGACUCACCACAGCAAGACACACAAAGCGACGGGAAAGGACGUUUUUUGCGGUAAUAUACGAUUGUUGAUUCGGACCUUGGGGGAAACGGUUGGCUCGUUUUGGAUCCGCAAUCAAGACCUGAGGGAUGGAGUGAAAUCACUUUUAAGAACUCCAAGGACAAUUCAUGCAUUGAUUGUUGAAGAUCAUAAUCGAUUGUUGCCACCCCUCCUAGAAGAUAUCUCACCGCAUUAAGGAUGAUUCUCCAGACUUUCUUGGAAUGUGCCAUCUUUCCAAUUCCUUCCAGAAUCAACUAUGGAUAACUGCGCAAAAACAAGCCCUUUGUCCAGACUCUGAUUUCAAAAGGAUUGGCGCGGCUUGACGGCUCUACUAUGGAAUAUUUUGGACCUCUCUGGUGUCAACUGCCUUUAUUUCUGUUUAGUCUCUUCAAAUGUGUCUCUCUCUAAAUAAACCGAGAGAGACCCAAGUGCAUCCAUAAGUUUCAUUCAUGCUAUGUUUGUGUAAAGAUAGGCCUGUUUAGUCUGAUGCAAGCUUUUUGAAUAAUGAAUUUAAGCAAUUAUUUUCGGUGAAAAAGCAAAAAAACGAGGUCCACCAAGGACGUUGCACAGGUGCAGCUUCUAUAGCUUACUAAAAUUUGCCUGAACAUUUGCACCUGCUCCCAGGCUCUUCCAUUCCCUCAUUACUCUCAGCGCCCUCCAAUCUCUCAGGAUGAGCCAGAAGUCCGAUUUGGAAACGGAGGGCUCCCAGGCACCGGUGAUUUACACAGUUGAGGAACUGGAAUGCAAGAUCUGCUACAACCGCUAUGACACACGCACCCGCAAACCCAAGAUCCUGAGCUGCAUGCACCGUGUCUGUGCCAACUGUCUGAAGAAGAUGGUCGAUUUAGACUCUUCUCCCAGCAUCAUCAGCUGCCCCUUUUGUCGCCAUGAGACGCACGUCCCAGAUGAGGAGAUCUGGCUGCUUCAGGAUGACAGCAACAUCUUGGCCAUUCUCACUUACCAGGACCGGGCACGUAAAGGUGGGACCACGCCCAGUGGCGAGGUCCUUUUGACACCCAACAGCCUAAGUGGAGGCAGUAGAGGGGAGCAGGCCCAUAGCUCCUCUGAUUGCCUCGUCAUCACCAUCAUGGAAGUCCCCGGAGAGUCUCAAUCCUCAGAUUCAAUGAGCAUGCUGAACAUGGUGCGCUUGUAUCGGCCAGCCAGCCUGGACUCAUUGCCUUGCCACCUGCCUGUGCAGAAGUGCCGGGCAUGGACGUCCCGCUCAGUUCCUCGUUUUCUGAUGGGUGUCCUCUGCUUGGUCUACUUCAGCUCGUUGCCACUUGGGAUCUACUUGCUGAUGAUCCAACAGCUCACGAUGGGAGUGAUCCUUGUCAGCCUGGUGCCCUCCACCCUUGUUCUUUGUGUAUUUUAUGGCUUCUGCCAAUGUCUGUGCCAUGAGAUUAUGGAGGCUAUCACCACAUAGCACCCUAAUGCUUCUUCAGAUGAUCGCUGGACAAUAUGGACUAGCCAGACCUGUGAACAAACACCAUUGGUCAAUUCAGCAAGCAGAUACCCCAUCUUCAGUUGCACCAGAUUAUACCAGCACUUACCAGUAAACUCCUUAUGAAUCACCUCACAUUGUUUGCAGGGCCUAUUAUCCUUAACUUGAUUACCAAUGCAAGCUGAUGUAUUGAUUUUGGAAUGCAUCAGAUUGUUGUGGUUUUGUAUUGUGUCCAGCUCACCCAAUGAGUCUUCAACAACUGUGAUAUAAAUAACACAUAACAGAGAAUUAAUACCCAGCACCCAUUAUAGUGGAAACCACAGGAUCUAUUCUAUAAUAGUAGAUUCAUUUGUUCAAUAUUUUUUUGUUACCGUAUGAAUUUCUGUGGAAUAAUUUCAACCAUCGUCUCAAUGUUCUUGUUGAAGUUUCUAGUUGCCUUUGUAAGGCAUGUCAAUGGACAAGCUGUAAUGUAUAUGUAAAAAAAGUGAAUUUGUGUUUGUCGUUGCUAUGAGAAUGGACAAAUACUUUAAAACCAACUGUUAUAUAUUCAAUAAAGAUUC